AUGUGCCCGGGAAUCCCGUUGGCCGUCGCCUCUGGGGGGCUGCUGGCGGCGCCAAGCUGCCCAUCGACAACCGGGGGAUUCGCGGCGCUCUGCCGGGGGAUUCCUCGUGAUGGCGUGGGGGGGGGAAGGAGAGCAACCAACUUGGGCCAGGGCAAUGGGGGGGAAGAUGGAGCGAAGGAGCCGACGGAGAGGAGCCAACCCACCGCGGGUGCACCGGUGUCGCCGGAGCGCAACAAGCGCAACAAGCGCUGGCGAGAAGCAAAGGAAGACAACGACUGCAUUAGCUCGGGCGAGAGAGACUGCGGCAAGCCCGAUGUGUCGGCAUGCAACAGGGGGAGUGAGUGA